CUGGUCCCAUUCCAUAACUUUCUUGAGCUCCUAUAAAUACCUCUGCCCCUCGCCUAGGUAAUUGCAAUAUUCAUAAAACCCCUCAUAUAUCAUCUACACUGCUCCCCUCCUCGGCCCUCAGCCCUUGGCCCCCAGCUCAGCCACUGCAUCUUUAUUCACUAAUUACUGCCGCUUCUCAUAUCAGGGAGUAGUGGUACCCUUUCUUCCCACGACACAUAUCAACGAAGAUUAAUCACCUGUCAAGAUGUCCACUGUUGCAUGCGAAAGGAACUUACCACUAGAAGUUAAAGAAAAGCAAGGUAUAGUUUCCAUUCUUGGAUCCAACUCUCAAGCAACAAAGCCACCUGCAGCGGCCUCCUUUAGGAGAACUCUUUCGGCAGACAUGUCUUCAAAAAAAUGGCUGGCCGAUAAUGGGUUUACUAAACAUCCAGUGAUGAAAAGGGUGUUAUCCUCUGCACAGCUUUCAUUUAUCUCAACUAUUGAUCAUCAGUCUUCUUCAUCUGAUGAAGAAGAAGAAGAAUUCAAUGGUAAGAAAUCUAACCAGAUUCCUAAACAAGAUGAUGUUUGGAGCUCAAUUGUAUCACAGAAGAAAACAGAAGAGCUCCCACCUCCUUAUGUUCAUCCUCUUGUCAAGAAAUCUUCAAGCUCCUUGUGCUCAAAAAGCCUUGAGAUAUGCACUGAAAGUCUUGGAUCAGAAACUGGCUCUGACAAGGUCACCAUGUCUGAGCCUUUAGAGACUGGCUCCGAGUUCAAUGGCUUAGGCAAGGUUCAAGAACGACCACAACCACUGGCACAACAAGAGAAAGAAAUAUCACAGGGUUCUCUCUUUGGAAAAACUGCAGCAGUUGCGAAGUACAAUAACUCUACAGCUUCUAACAAAAGGAUGCAAUCCAAAUCUUUCCCCCCUCCCAUCCCUUUACUUGCAGGUAGCAGCGAAGGACCAUCUCUUCACAUGCAUUCUCACCGUGAAAAUGGUCGAUUGGUUCUUGAAGCUAUUUCAGUACCUUCAACUAAAAAACUCCAGGCACACCGCCAAGAUGGACGUCUUCGCCUCACACUUAUCCAACCUCCAACAGGUCAACACAAUGUUCAAAAACCCGACCGAGAUAAAGCUGUCAUUUCUGACCGAGAAGAAUAUAAGAUAGAAGACAGCCUUGAGGAUGUCUUUGAUAUACUUGAGCAAGAAGAUGAUGAAAUAGAUAUCCUAAAAGAUGAUGAAACAACCGAGGAAACUGAAGAGGAACUUGAAGAAUUUCAAGAGACUGCGACUGAACAUGCAGUGUCUGAAAAAGCAAGGGGGGUGAUUAACAUACACAGGUCAGCUUUGACGAAGAAAAUCAUGGGACUGGAGAACCAGAACCCUAAAUGGUCUCCUAAGUUUAAUCAUGCAGGUGCCAAAGUAGAACCAAAGCAUGAAAAUGAGAAGAAAACAUCAUUACCACAAUCUCUCCCACCAAGACCUCGGACAACAAGAUCCAUGCCGAUCACACCACCGCCAGCUGCCUCAUUUAACGCUUAUGAGUACUUCUGGAGACCAAAACCUGCAACCACAGGUCUUAAGAGCCAACUUACCCCUUGCUCAGCCCUAAAAAAUGAAACUGACAACAAUAUAGUUUCCACCAAUAAACCAAAAUCCUAUGAGCAACAAGAACUGCUGGUGUUGAGAAAUUGCAGGAAAGGAAGGAGAUCUCUUCUAAGCUGGGAUGCACAUUGCAUAGUAACUACCUAAAUUACCUAUCCACCCAGAUACCCCCAGACUGUUAUCCCAUUUAUUAUUAAUAUCUGCUACAUACUCUUAAAAUAAUUAAGAUCUUUGAUGGUUAAAAAGACCACUUUGACGCCUGAAUAAAUCUCCAGUGAUUGAGGAUACAUAUUUACCUGGCGGAUUGAAGUAAUUAAGAGUAGUAUUGAUUACCAACUACGAUAACUUUUCAAGGACAGGCAGAAUCUUCAAGACGUUGACCUCAUGGGACUACUUGUCUGUCACUGCCUCAUAAUGGAAUUCACUUUCCAUUGUCCUCUGCUUUCGUCAUCCCAACCAAGUGGAGAUGUUCAUAUUUCCUAUUAAUUAUUAUGUAUGUCAACUUGAUUAGAUUUAAGUCAUAAUCCAUCCUUGA